AUGUCUGUUGAAGCAAGCAACCAAGAAAACUCUCUCUCCAGUUUCCUUCUGAAAUGUGCUUUCCCAGCUGGAACUACCCCUCCAUUGCUUUCUCCACCAUCUUCAUCAGGAUCUUAUGAAGAAGCCCAAUUCUCACUUUUUGUGAAUCAAAAUGAAACUGAACAAAAAUUGUUUUCUAAUCAAUCAUUGGCCAACCGAGAUCCCUGCACAAUUCCAGAUGAGCUUCACCAAGAAAUGAAGAGUUUGAAAAAGAAAGAAGAAGCAUUCAAGACAUCCCUUUGUGGUUUUCACAGAAGAGGCCAAAAAUGUGCUUAUGGUGAAAAAUGUAAAUUUGCUCACAGUGUACAUGAGCUCCGCUUCCCACAGACCAAAAGAAACCACCGUAACUAUAAAACAGUACUUUGCAAUAACUUCUCAACAACUGGGCAUUGCAAGUACGGAAUCAGGUGUCAGUUCAUCCACAGAUCUAUGAACUCAACUUCUUCAAAUCAAUCAAAUAAAAUGGAAAAUAUUACCAUUGACCUGAAUGUUCAAUCGGACGUUUUUCGUGCAUUUGCUCUGGACUCAACAAGUUUAUUGCCAAAUUGGCAUUGCUCAGCUCUUCUUCAAUGA